GCGGAAUCGUGAGAGUAUCAUAUAACACGGGAGCGAGCUGCCCCAUCAGCCGAUCGGUGCAGCGAUAACAACAACCGUAACAUCAAUAAUGGAUACUCGCACUGACACAAAAGUACCUACUACAACAUUGACAACAACCGAGCCGGAUUCGGCAAAAUAUACGAGUACAUGGUCCCGUUAUCUGAAUAUGGCAACACAAACGCCACCAACACAACGUCAUCAAAGGCCCAGCAUGCAAGUGGAUAGCGCUGAAGAUGGCGAUGAUGAUGAUGACGGCGAUGAUGAUGAUGAUGAUGAUGAUGAUGAUGGUGAGGAAGAAGCGCUUGACAGUGUUGGCAGGCUUGAUGAGCAUGAGCAUGAGCAUGACAUUUUAAUUAACUCUGAAGCAGAAGCCGAGACCACCACACACAUCGUUGGUGGUGGUCGUCGUGUUGCUGGCGCUGCCAAUGACGGUGACGGUAAUGAUGCCGCUGGCAGUUGUAGGCCACAUGCUUCGACAUCGGAUGCGGCUAAAGCGGCUCGAGAUCGGCACGCUGAUCGGGCAGCCAAGUAUUCAUCGAUUUGAGAAUUUCUUGUGAAAACAGAUUAGAGCUUAAAUUUGGUAUAAGUUUUUGAGGCGUGACAGGUGUUGGGAAAUGGGCAUUUGCAGGUUGGUAUAUUUUGUAGGUAAUACUUAGUGUAUAUAUAUAUAUAUAUGUACGUAUGUAUAUCUUUGUACGUAUUCGUGGGAUUUGAUAUUAGAAACUUUAAGAUACUUACAUUCAAAUGCCAAUUAUGGGUUUUAUACACAUACAACUGCAGUAGUGGUCACAUGCAUUUUUUAUGUAUCAACAUUAUGUAGCUUUUAGAGGGUCAUAAUUCAUACAUAUACAGUAUUUUCACAUACGCACAAAAAUUUAUUUAAACAUUUCGGUUUAAUAUCUAACAA